GAAUUUCUCUUAUUUAAGUUACACUCAUUUCUUUCUUGAUUAAUAUUAUGGUUGCGGAGAAUCUUGCUCGUAUUCCAUUUUGUUUGUGGGGAUGGAUGUAUCUACAAAAAUUUAUUGCAGUUUUAAAAUCUGUAUGUGUGACCUUCAUCAUGGCCCUAUAUAGUCCAUGAUCCGAUGAGUCUCCUCUAUGCCUAUACUUUUUUCAAGACUGGUUUCUUUGUCAUCAUCCAAGUUUGACACCCAAGCCAGAUUAUCCUGAAUGUUGUCAACCCGCCAAGUAUAAAGUCGAUGGGUUCUAGCUCACUUGUCAUUGUGCUGACUAACAAAUGCCUUGUGUUGUGCUCUAUUAGAUUCCAUGUUGCAGGCUCUGGUGCCUCUGCAUCAGCCCCUGAGGUUCAAAGACCUACCACUCUCCAAUUUUGGAAGUUUGGACUAUUUCUUGGAGUUGUUAGUCUUGGCGAGUAAUAUCAGAUUGUCUUCGGCCAUUAUAUUCAACACGAUUCACUGCCUUGAAGAGUCACCUCUGGCGCAGCUUCACCAACAGUACCAGGUUCCGAUUUUUCCAAUAGGUCCUCUGCACAAACUCGCUCCUACUUCAGCUGUUAGCUUACUGCAAGAGGAUACUGGUUGCAUUCCAUGGCUUGACAAGCAAACUCAUAAUUCAGUCAUUUAUGUGAGUUUAGGAAGUAUAGCACAUCUGGACCAAGACCAAUUGUCAGAAAUGGCUUGGGGUCUGGCAAAUAGCAAGCAGCCUUUCUUGUGGGUUAUUAGGCCUGGCUCAAUACCAGGUUCGGAAUGGAUCGAGUCAAUGGAUGAAGAAUUCAAAGAAUGUGUUAAGGACAGGGCUUGCAUUGUGAAAUGGGCACCUCAAAAAAAAGUACUGGCUCAUGACUCGGUGGGAGGGUUUUGGAGCCACUGUGGAUGGAACUCCAUUGAGAGUAUAGGUGAAGGCGUUCCGAUCAUAUGUCAACCAUGCUUCGGUGACCAAAAUGUGAAUGCGAGGUACUUGACUCAUGAAUGGAAGGUUGGAUUAGAACUGGAGGGGGAGAUAGAGAGAGGGACAGUAGAAAGAGCUGUUAGAACAUUGAUGAAGAAAAAGGAAGGUGAAGAGAUGAGGCAGAGGGUCUUGGAUUUGAAGCACAAGUGCGAUGUUAGUAUAGUUGAUGGUGGAUCUUCUUGCCAUUAUCUGAGCAAGCUAGUCGAGUUGUUGAGAUCGUUCUAGCAGCACAGAGUUGUUUGCUACUAAAGUACCGCGCGGAAUGAAGCUUGUGUAGUGCAGAAAGUGCAAAGAUUUGGUCUUCAGGCAUUGAAGAACAGAACGGAACAGAACAGAUGAUGCUUUGAUGGACUGACAGAAAUUUGCUGACUUGUCAUAUGCAAAUUUAAGUUGAUCCAAUCUCCUUUUUUUCUCUCAAACCAGUGGACCAGAUCUGAAUGGGUCGAAUUCACUUCUCCUUUCAA